GCUCCCCGCGCUCCCCGACCGCGCUCGCCGCAGCCCCGACCUGGCCGCCGCGCUCGCCCCGCCAUGCCGAACAUCGUGCUGUUCAGCGGCAGCUCCCACCACGACCUGUCCCAGCGGGUGGCGGACCGGCUCGGGCUGGAGCUGGGCAAGGUGGUCACCAAGAAGUUCAGCAACCAGGAGACCAGUGUAGAGAUUGGUGAAAGUGUGAGAGGGGAAGAUGUUUAUAUUAUCCAGAGUGGCUGUGGAGAAAUAAAUGACAACUUAAUGGAACUACUCAUCAUGAUCAAUGCUUGCAAGAUUGCAUCAUCCUCCAGAGUGACUGCUGUAAUUCCAUGUUUUCCCUAUGCCAGGCAAGAUAAGAAAGACAAGAAGGGGUCCGUGGAGCGUUGGAGCCGUGCCCCAAUCUCUGCAAAACUUGUAGCCAACAUGCUGUCGGUUGCAGGGGCUGACCACAUCAUCACCAUGGACUUGCACGCUUCUCAGAUCCAGGGUUUCUUUGACAUUCCAGUAGAUAACCUGUAUGCAGAACCUGCGGUCCUGCAGUGGAUUAAAGAGAACAUUCCUGAGUGGAGAAACUGUAUCAUCGUCUCACCUGAUGCAGGUGGUGCAAAAAGGGUUACUUCAAUUGCUGACAGACUGAAUGUGGAAUUUGCUCUCAUUCAUAAGGAAAGAAAGAAGGCAAAUGAAGUGGACAGAAUGGUCUUGGUUGGUGAUGUGAAAGACAGAGUAGCAAUUCUUGUUGAUGAUAUGGCUGACACAUGUGGCACAAUAUGUCAUGCAGCAGACAAGUUAAUGUCUGCUGGAGCUACUAAAGUUUAUGCCAUUCUGACUCAUGGCAUCUUUUCUGGUCCUGCCCUCUCUCGGAUUAAUAAUGCAUCAUUUGAGGCUGUUGUGGUAACCAACACAAUCCCCCAAGAAGAGAAAAUGAAACAUUGCCCAAAAAUACAGUUUAUUGACAUUUCCAUGAUCCUGGCAGAGGCAAUUCGAAGAACACACAAUGGUGAAUCAGUGUCUUACCUGUUCAGUCACGUCCCCUUGUAACUGCAGGGGAUUACACUGCAUUUUUGCAAAGGUCUCUUAAGCUAGCACUGUUUUCAACCAGGAGAAAUUAUCUUUGUACAAUUUGAGAGCUUGUAUGUUUAAUUGUCAUAUUUGUCUUGUAAUUAACAUUUGUUCUUUGUAAAUGGGAAAUAAAUCUCCAUCUUGCAGAAACCUUA